CUUUAUCUUAACCUUACUCCUUCAUUACCAGUUUCUUAAAGAUCAUUAAAAUACCUUAAAUAGCUAUUUACUAAUUACAUGGCACCACCACCUCCCUCACCAACACCAGUUUCCUUGAAGAAGACAGUACUUCUUUUUCUUAGGGUUUUAACGGCGGUUUUUCUCGUUAUAACAGUCAUCAUUCUCAGCACCAACAGCGUCACCAUUGAAUCUCAAGGAAACGCUUUGAAAUUUCAUUUUAAAGAUGUUUAUGCCUAUAGGUACAUGUUUUCCGCCGCCAUUAUUGGACUAGUUUACGCCGUCAUACAACUGUUCUUCACAAUCUCCGAAUUCGCCACUGGAAUAAAAAACCCUUUUAACUAUCAACUCGAUUUUUACGGUGACAAGAUAGCAUCAUAUCUAGUUGCAACUGGUUCUGCGGCUGGAUUUGGAGUUAGCAAAGAUUUGAAAGAUGCCUUUAUAGCUUUAGUCGCAUUAGAUUCGACUGAUCCUGUAGAUAAGUUCUUCAGCAGAGGAUACGCAUCGGCCAGUAUGCUUCUCUUUGCUUUCUUCUGUCUCGCCAUUCUAUCUAUUUUCUCAUCCCACGCCAUUGCCAAAAUUGAAUCAUCAUUAAUCAACUUAUGAUCUCCUUCUCAAUAUUAUUUGAUCAGAUAGAUUUGUCGCCAUGUUAUGUGGUUGGCGUAAUUCUUUAUUUAAUGUGAGAUUGUAUUUGUUAUGACAGCUCAAGUGUUGCUUGCUUAUUCGAACCAAAC